AAUAUACUGGCGGGAAAGUAUAUUGCGCGGAUGUCAGCAAAUUGGGAAAGAAAGGGAAGCGGAGAAUCUGGUGUCAUCGGCUGAUAUUUACUUUUUUUAGGCAAUCUGAACAUUGUUAUACGUUAAGAAAUUUUUAUUUGUCGUGUGCAUUAUUUUAUUUAUUUAAAACAUCAUGUUUGAGGCAAGAUUAGUGACGGGUUCUUUGUGGAAGAAGAUUAUUGAUGCCAUCAAAGACUUACUGAACGAAGCGAAAUGGGACUGCAACACCAGUGGAAUAACUUUACAAGCUAUGGACAGUUCACACGUUAGUUUAGUGUCGUUAAAUAUGCGUAGUGAAGGAUUCGAUUCUUACAGAUGCGACAGAAAUUUAUCCAUGGGAAUAAAUUUGGGAAGUAUGGCAAAGAUCAUCAGAUGCGCUGGAAAUGAUGAUGUUAUCACAUUGAAAACUGGAGAUUCAGAUGAUACUGUGACCUUUAUGUUCGAGUCCCCAAACCAUGAGAAGGUAUCAGAUUAUGAAAUCAGGCUCUUGGAUAUUGAUGCAGAGCAUUUAGGAAUUCCGGAAACUGAAUACAGUUGUGUAGUAAAAAUGCCAUCAGGGGAGUUCCAGAGGAUUUGUAGAGAUUUGAGUCAGAUUGGAGAAUCAGUAGUCAUCUGUUGUACAAAGGAAGGAGUAAAAUUUUCAGCCAGUGGAGACUUGGGGACAGGCAAUAUCAAGCUUGCCCAAAACUGCAGUGCUGACAAGGAAGAAGAGGCUGUUAUUAUUGAAAUGAACCAGGCUGUAACUUUGACCUUUGCUUUACGAUACCUCAACUACUUCACAAAAGCUACUCCAAUCUCACAGCAGGUCACCCUGUCUAUGUCAGCAGACGUACCUUUAGUUGUGGAAUACAAAGUUGCUGAUAUGGGAUAUCUACGCUACUAUCUGGCCCCCAAAAUGGAAGAUGCUGAUGAUUGAACAAAGAAGCUAGUGCCAUAGACUGUGAUUAAUACCUGUUUAAAUGAUGCUUUUUAUACAUCAGGUCCCCAAUUGAAGAUCAUGGUAUAUGACUGGUUAUAUUCUAUUGGAUAGCGAAAUUGUCUGAUAACCAGUCUAACUAGUGCUGACGAUUUUAUUUAAUCAUUGUUUCAAAUAGCAUUUUGAAGACUGCAUAACAAGAUGCUUUCUAACUUAAUAGUGCUAAUCAUACUUGUUACAUUGAUGAAAAAUUAAACACUGAUGACUGUUAUUGAAAUGUGCAUGUAUUGAUGUAAUAGCAGUACAAAUGAAAUAGUAAACCUA